GCGGAGGGGUGGGGGGAGGGGGAAGUAAUGAAAAGGGGCGGGGCGUCUUGGGCGCGCUCGGUUGAAAGACCGUUAUUCUGACGGUUGGUAUCGGUUCGACUAGAUUGCUAAAAUUUCCCUCGCCUCCUCUGCCCUCCCGACACUCUCUGUUUGCCAUGGCCGAAGCCCGAGCUUCGCCGCCGCCGCCUCCACCUCCCCCGUCCUCUCCUUCGUCCCCCAUGGCCCGCGCCGCCGCCUUCUCCUCAUCUCCGGAGCUCCCGGCGAUCUUGGCUGGUAGAAUCCGAAACCAGAGCCGGAGUCAAGCCCUGGAGCCGCCGCCCGUGGACCCGCUAGAGGAGGUCGAGAUGCAGAUAGAUGAUGCAGCCUUUUCAUUAAUUAAACUUCUUGAAGCCACAUCUGCUGUUUCAGCCCAGGUGGAAGAGCUUGCAUUCAAGUGUACCGAAAAUGCACGUUUCCUUAAAACAUGGAGAGGUCUUUUAAAAGAAGGCUAUGAUUCCUUGAAACUUGACAGCCAAUGCAGCACAACUAACUAGAUGUUGAAAUAAUAACUGCUUUAGGAAAUUGAAGGCAGAAUUGAUAUAUAAUGCUUGCACUUUUCCCCACAUGAUAUUUGCAGCUAUGGAUGUAUAAGACUUUAUUUCCAACAGUUCUGGAUAUCUACGACAGUUUGUUUUGUAACUGAAUAUUAAGAUUUUACUUGUGUAUUUUGCCUAUUUUUUAAAAAAGGAAACUAUUUACUUUAUUUUGACUCUGGAUAGUAUUUGAUAUCUUUUUCCUGAGUUAUUUUUGUGCCUAUUAAACUUCCACAAAAUUUUUUUACUUUUAAAAUUUUGUAAGUUAAUUUUAUCUGUGAUUAAGAAACUCAGAAAUACAACUCCAUUUUAGAAUGCUUUAAAUUUUACAAAUAGCUUUCCUGACAAGCCCUAGGACUAGAUAUUAUAAGUAUUAUAUUUCAGUAGUUCAGUAAAUAUGUGAUCUCAUCAGUGAGGAUACUCCCUCCAAUAGUAUAGAUCACAGCCCAUUCAUGCCUUCUCCUCUUGUGUGGCUUUUAUCUAUGCCCUCUCAGAGAUUUACCAUAAGGGAUCCAUUCAACUUGCCAGAGGUCUUCCUUGAAGACCUAAAAUUAUGCAGGUACCAGAGCAGUAUUUGGGCUGUUCAUCUGUUCCUCACUUUUGCCACUUGGUUAGCCCAUCAUCUUUUCUGAUAAUGUGUCUCUAAGAUGGUACCUUCUGUGCUGCCUCUUGUGUACACAUCAUUGUUGGUGAUAGGAGAUACUGCUGGUUUGUGCUCUCCAUAUGUUAAACUUUAUUGUCCCUUUGGGUCACCUAUAUCUUUAGAUAUUUUUAUGUUCUAUGAUUAGUGACUAUAUUAUUUCAGUGGAAGAAUAUUACUGUUAAAAAUGGCUUUUUUUGGUUGAGUAAGCAGUUUGGAAUUGUUGAAAGUCUAUUCUUUCUAUUCAUUCUUGGGCGUCCAGUUCUCAUUGUCCUUCUGAGAGUGUUGUCUAAGAUAGAAAAUACUGAUAGCAAACUCAGUACCUAUUUACUUAUAUGUUAGGUCUAGGUGAUGGUUGUUCUUCAUCCACUUGGUUUUUCCAGUCUUUUUUGUUGGGUUAAACUCUACACACUGUCUUAAGUAUUAUUUUUUAUUUUCUUGAUGAAGAAACUGAAUCUCAGAGAAAGUGGGAGAGCUAGAACUUGAAUUCUAGGACUUCUUGUUUCUAGUUCUAUAUAUUCUUCUUGCCUUCCUACUCUGUCUAGUAUUAGGUCUUUCCUGGUUUCAUGCAGAAUUGCCAAUAGUAAUGUUAUUUUUUCCCCUUCCUGUUUAUUGGAAAAAUUGGCCAGUGGAAAUAUUGGCCAUUUCCCCCUCCUUUGAAUGUACAAUCUAAAGCUUCCUUGAGUUGGAGAAAAUUUUUUUUCUUCAACACAGGUAUAUUCUUUAUCUAACCACUGCCUGCCUUCAUUUAAAUAUGUGUAAACAUAAUAGAUGAGUACUUUUAAAAAGUAUGAAUGAUGAGAGGUUUUUUAAAAAUCUUUUUAUGAAACCUGGGAUUUCACUCAAAACAUUUUAAAAAGUUGUUUGGGACACAUGUAUAUUCCCCAUGUUUCUCUAUUUAACUGAAUUUUUACCAAUAAUUAUAGUUUCUUAUAUCUAAUCCUUUUGUAAUUUGAUUAUUAUUUUUAAAGUGCCUUAUGCUUGUAUGGUUCCAUGAUACUACUUUAUGGAUGUAUGUAAGUUAGUAUUUCUUUAGUAACUUGUAUGUAACAGUAUUCUAUAGCUUCUUUGAAAGCAGUGAAUUGUUUGUUGUUUCAAUAUGUUUACUGAAUUUAAAAUUCAUUCUUAACUACUUUUCAGAAGUUAUUCCAGGGGUCCAGCACUACUACCCAGUCUUUUUUCCUGAAUCUUUUGUUGCUUCUCUAGUUAAUUUGUACCAUGUGAUGAUACCAAAGCCAUCUAAGUCUGUUAAAUAAAAUCUGUGAAAUACAUAGUAUAAUUUUAAGAAUUCUUUGUAAGUAAGGAAUUAAGUCCUCCUGGACCCUCAUAGUGGGAGACAUAAAAAGGGGGAUAACAGUUGCUAAACAAUACUAAGUCACAGUUCUGUAUUUUAUCUGAAAAAGAUAUGGUUAGAAAAAGUGCUGGUAGACCAUGCUACUGUGUGCCCUGUACCAAAAAGGUAGUUAUUUCAAUGGUAGAAGAAAUAUUUUUUAAAAUGUAGCAAAAAUGAUAAUUUUAUUUGUGUAAAAAUAAACUUUCUCCACAAAGCAAA